CCCCGACAGGUGUGCGAGAAGUUUACCAUCUGCGAGAACAGCAUGGAAAUGCUCGUCCGGAACAACCUCGACCUCCCCAAGAUGACGGAGAAAGAUGGGUGUCUGCUCGCCGGCUUCGAUGAGGAUAAAUGCCUGAAGAAAAUCUCCAGCGGGCUUUAUACGUUUCAGACGUACCUUGAAUACAUACAAGAAACUUUUACUAGUGAAAAGCAAAACGUUGAAUUGCUGUGCCAUAGUACAAAGCACCUGGCAUACACUAUAAAACAGAUGGUGAUCAAUCCCGAUGAAGUGAUCAUCCCAGAUUCAGCUACCCAGGAAUCCCUCCGCGCAAAGCUGAGGUCCAAAAAGAACUGGAUAGCGAAUAUCACCACCCACCUCAUCCUCCGAGGCUUUACUUCGUUUAUGGAGAACACCGUGAGGGCCAUUCGCUAUUUAAAACACACCAGGAGUUUCAGUGUCUGAAUGUUUUAAUUCAGGCAUAAUCCUUUGUUACAAAUCUGUCAUGUGGCAGAUGACAGUGUUGUU